CCCAUUGCCAACCUGAUGGGGCUUCUGGGAGGAUUCAGGAGGUGGCUGGUGCAGAAAACGCCUGACACACAGUAGGCAACUGCUAAGUGGCCAAUGCCCUUCCCCAACCUCCUUCUCAGAGCGGCUCUGCCUGCAAAAUAAGACUGGAGACUGGGUCUUGCUCUGUCACCCAGGCUGGAGUGCAGUGGUGUGAUCAUAGCUCACUACAGCCUUGAACUCCUGGGCUCAAGAGGUUGAGGCUCCCUCCUCAGCCUCCCAAGUAGCUGGGACUACAGGCUUUCAGCACCAUGCCUGGCUAAUUCAAAAAAACCUUCAGAGAGAUAGGGUCUCUCUAUGUUGCCCUAGCUCGUCUCAAACUCGUGGCCUCAAGUGAUCCUCCUGCUUGGACCUCCCAAAGCGCUGGGAUUACAGGCUCCUGGAACCAUGGGCCUCAGGCCCUGAGGAUACGGGGCUCCCGGUGGCCAUGACGACGGGUGACUGCUGCCACCUCCCCGGCUCCCUGUGUGACUGCUCCGGCAGCCCUGCCUUCUCCAAGGUCGUGGAGGCUACGGGCCUCGGACCGCCCCAGUAUGUGGCACAGGUGACUUCAAGGGAUGGCCGGCUCCUCUCCACCGUCAUCCGUGCCUUGGACACACCAAGUGAUGGUCCCUUCUGCCGGAUCUGCCAUGAGGGAGCGAACGGGGAGUGCUUGCUGUCCCCGUGUGGCUGCACUGGCACGCUGGGUGCCGUGCACAAGAGCUGUCUGGAGAAGUGGCUUUCCUCAUCUAACACCAGCUACUGCGAGCUGUGCCACACGGAGUUUGCAGUGGAGAAACGGCCUCGACCCCUCACAGAGUGGCUGAAGGACCCGGGGCCGCGGACGGAGAAGCGGACACUGUGCUGUGACAUGGUGUGUUUCCUGUUCAUCACGCCGCUGGCCGCCAUCUCAGGCUGGUUGUGCCUGCGCGGGGCCCAGGACCACCUCCGGCUCCACAGCCAGCUGGAGGCCGUGGGUCUCAUUGCCCUCACCAUCGCCCUCUUCACCAUCUAUGUCCUCUGGACGCUGGUCUCCUUCCGCUACCACUGCCAGCUGUACUCCGAGUGGAGAAAGACCAACCAGAAAGUUCGCCUGAAGAUCCGGGAGGCGGACAGCCCCGAGGGCCCCCAGCAUUCUCCACUGGCGGCUGGACUCCUGAAGAAGGUGGCAGAGGAGACACCAGUAUGAAUGCUGGGCUCUCUGGACCCUGCAGCAGAGAGGCCAGAGGUAGCUGGCGAUACCCUGUCCUGUGGAAGGACUUCCACUUCAACACUUCCCGCACGGCCUGAACGCUUCUUAGGCCAAGAGACACCACGCGGAGCCUAGUCUGUGAUCCUGUGUGAAGAUAUUUUCAGGGUUUUUUUUUUUUUUUUUUUUUUGCAUAUGGAGGACAGGUGGACAUGGUCCUGAGCUCUGGACGGAGCAGGCACCCUGAUCUCAUUCUGAGGUCCACAUGGCACCUUCUGGGCCAGCAGCUGUGGCCGGUGUAUCAAGGGCGCCCUUAAAGCUGGAACAUUCCAGCAAGCUUCUUGCGCUUCUCUGCACCCGGCAGGCCCACUUUCCUGGCACCCUCGACUUUAUAUAAAAGUUGCACUGCGUUUCAAAAACCCACCCCUGAAUGAAUAAAAGGAGCCCUGGCUGGACAAAA